AUGUGGACCUCCUUCUCGUGUAGCAGCAGUCCCCUCCUACUUCCCCGAGACCUAGGCAGGCACUUUAACUAGGAGUUGCAGUCAAUCAGAGUGGGAUCUUUAACUGCGCUUUCCACGGGGUCUCUUCGCCUCAGCCCACCACAUACACACUCACUGCAGUCAUGCAUGCGUGCAUAGGCCAACAUAUGGAGUACUACUUCCUUCUGCUCUGGAUCUGCAGCCAUCUGUUAGGAUUUCACGACUGCUUUAAUAUUGACAUAACAAAACACCGGAUCAUCAAAGGUCCAAAGCAAGCCCAGUUUGGAUACACGGUUCAGCAACAUGUUGCUGCUGGAGGAGAAAAAUGGUUAUUGGUGGGGGCACCCUAUGAAAUGAAUGGCGCUUACCAGACUGGGGAUGUAUAUAAAUGUUCACUGACCAAACGGACUAAUGGAAACGGCUGCACCAAGCUUAACCUAGGAAGGAUAUCUCUGACCAAUGUAUCAGAGCGGAAGGACAAGAUGAGGUUGGGAAUGACACUUACAACCAAUCCUAAGGAUAACAGCUUUGUGGCCUGUGGGCCACUUUGGUCCUAUGAAUGUGGAAGCUCUUACUACAGCACUGGUAUAUGCUCCAGAGUCAACGCUAGCUUCAAGUUCUCCAGAACAAUUGCACCUGCCUUUCAGAGAUGUGAGACCUAUAUGGACAUUGUGAUCGUUCUGGAUGGCUCAAACUCCAUCUACCCUUGGUAUGAAGUGCAGGCUUUUCUUAUUAACAUUCUUCAGAAGUUCUAUAUCGGACCGGGUCAAAUACAGGUUGGAGUUGUUCAGUACGGCGAAAAAGUUGUGCACGAGUUCAAACUCAAUGAUUUCAAAUCUGUUGAGGAAGUGGUGAAAAGAGCUCGCAGUAUCGACCAGCGAGGCGGCGAGGAGACCAACACGGCUCUUGGUAUCAACAUAGCACGCUCCGAAGCGUUCAAACAAGGAGGUCGACGUGGCGCCAAGAAAGUGAUGAUCGUAAUAACGGACGGAGAAUCACAUGACAGUCCCGAUCUCCAACCAGCCAUAGAGGAGAGUGAGAAGGAUGGAAUCACCCGCUACGCCAUUGCAGUUCUUGGCUACUACAACCGAAGAGGAAUCAACCCUGAGGCUUUCCUCAAUGAGAUCAAAUACAUUGCCAGUGAUCCGGACGACAAACACUUCUUUAACGUAACGGAUGAGUCGGCACUAAAGGACAUCGUGGAUGCGCUUGGCGAGCGAAUCUUCAGUUUAGAAGGAACGAGUAAAAAUGGGACAGCGUUUGGUCUCCAGAUGUCUCAAGCUGGAUUCUCCGCUCACAAUGUGGAGGAUGGGACUCUGGUGGGAGCGGUUGGGGCUUACGACUGGAAUGGGGCAGUGCUGAAAGAAACAAAGCAAGGGAAGGUGGUACCUCCUAAAGCUGCUUACACACAGGAGUUUCCAGAGGAGCUCAAAAACCAUGGGGCCUACUUGGGUUACACGGUGACAUCGGUGGUGUCGGCCAAAAAUGGUCGUCUCCUUGUGGCGGGAGCUCCGCGCUUCAACCAUACCGGCAAAGUGAUCAUUUUCACGCUGAAAAGCCCCGGCAACCUUACCAUCCUCCACUCCCUCAAAGGCCAGCAGAUUGGCUCAUAUUAUGGCAGUGAGAUUGCACCGGUGGAUAUCGAUGGAGAUGGUGUGACUGAUAACCUUUUGGUGGCUGCACCCAUGUUCUUCAGCGGAGGGAUGGAGAAGGGCAAAGUCUACAUCUACAGAGUGACCGAGCUGAAUCGCUUCAUUUUUGAAGGUGCAUUGGAGAUCCUUAACGGCGGCCAGAAUGCUCGUUUUGGCUCGUCGCUUGCACCAGUCCCUGAUUUAAAUGGGGAUGGCUUCAAUGACCUGGUGGUAGGAGCUCCACUGGAAGACGAUCACAAAGGAGCCAUCUAUGUUUUCUUUAGUCAGCAAAACAGAAUACUGCGAAAAUACAAACAGAGGAUCGCUGCGGCAGACUUGGCACCUGGCCUGCAGUACUUCGGCCGCAGUAUCCACGGAAUGAUGGAUAUGAACAACGAUGGUUUAGUUGAUCUGGCAGUAGGAUCCCUUGGUGCAGCUGUUCUCCUCUGGUCAAAGAGUGUCGUCCGCAUAUACACCGCAGUUAGGUUCGAACCGAGUAAGAUCAACAUCUUUGUGAAGGACUGUCAGAGGGGUGGCAAAGACGUGACCUGCAUGUCAGCCAUCGUGUGCUUCAACAUCACCGCAAGGACGGCCAUUGCCGCCACGCAGGAAAUCGGGAUCAAAUAUAACGUCUCCAUUGCGGAGCGACGGUUCAAUCCUCGGGCCAUACUGGACAACCCAAGCAAGUCUCAGCCUCAAAACCUGACACUUCUUCCCGGUGAGGAAAGGUGUGAGCACAUCUACUUCCAUGUCAUGGAAACCACAGACUAUGCAAGGCCAAUUGUGUUUACUGUACAAGUUGGGUUGUGGGAUGCGGACAAUGGACCAGUUCUCGAUGAAAGCUGGCCAACUGUGUCAAAAACUGAGUUGCCUUUCUGGAAUGGCUGUGACGAGGAUGACCGGUGCGUGCCGGACCUCGCACUGCAGAGUAUGACAGACCUGAUGACUCGAACUCAGUUCUGCUCGCAGCCUGUACAAUCUCGGGGCGCUUUCUGCCGCCAUCUCAACGAAGGAGGCACUGAAGGAUCUCUGCGGGUUCUAGAAGCUAACAGGAGAAGGAUGGUGGUGGAUGCUCGAUUAGAGAAUAAAGGAGAAAAUGCUUACAAUGCUCGCCUCAACAUUAGCUACUCUCCCAAUCUGCGCUUCUCCAGCCUCAUAUUGAAGGACAAUGCUGAUGUCAAGAUUGAGUGCUACAUCGAGGACAAACUGAGACAUGUGAAGAUCUGCAAUGUCAGUGCUCCAUUUAUGAAGUCGAAGGCACAGGUCUUGUUUCGUUUGGAGUUUGAGUUCAGCCGCAGCGUUUUCCUCAAUCACCUCAGAGUCAUGCUGGAAGCAAGCAGUAAUGGUGAGGAAGUGAGCACAGCUGACAAUUCCAAUGACAUCUAUUACUCACUGCAAUACGAGGCAGAUCUUCUUUUCACAAGGGAUUCAAAUCCAACUCGAUAUGAGAUCAAGCCUGAGCUAUCACUGGAGGAGCCAGGAGUUACUGGACCCCCUUUUAACUUCACUUUUCAGAUCCAGAACCUUGGCUACUUUCCUGUUAAAGAUCUACAGCUCAACAUUGAGGUCCCAGAAAUGACAAAAAAUGGAAAUCAGCUGCUACAGAUUUCUGAUUUCCAUAUCGACAAGAGAGAUGGCACAUACUGUUUACCACCUCAGCAUGUGGCCCAGAGCAGGGCGUCACCCGAGGACCUUACCCGCUUCUCUCGUUUGAAUCGAACCAACACCCUGAUACUGCCGAUACAAUGCAGCGUCAAUGUGGCUUCCUACAGAGAGAUCUCAGUUCGAAUCACUGGGGCUCUACGAGUACAGACUUUACAUGAACUGAAGUUUAAAAUCCUUGAACUGGUGACCAGUGCAACAGUGGAGCUGCCCUCCACCAGUCACAUGUUUCUACAUGAAGAGCGACCCAUCAGAAAUAUAAUACUGGAAGUCCGAAAGGAAGGAGAUUACCGAAUCCCAAUUUGGAUAAUCCUGGGCAGCACGCUGGGAGGACUCUUACUGUUAGCUCUGCUCAGUUUGGCGCUCUGGAAGUUGGGCUUCUUCCAGAGGCAGAAAAGGAAGGAUGAGGACGAGCGGGAAGCAAAUGGAAAAAUGCCGGAGGAGCGGUAACGCAGGUUGGAGGCCCCCAGCAGACACCUUUCCCAACAGGGGAGCCGACACUCAGGGACCACCCCUCCUUCCUCCCGCCCCCCAACACCCAGAGUGGCGCCACCUGGACAGCUGCGCGUGAUCACCGAGUCGAGGCUUCUUCAGCACACUGGACCUGUCCCACGCCACGACCCCUGACCCCCGGGAGUCAGCACUGUCACACCCACAGCAUAACUGCACUGUUACGGCGCCAGGGCCCGCCCUCGUCCGCGUAUCUCGCCGUCCUCCCUGUCGACCCCUCACAGGUUUUGGGGCUCUGUCGGGUCUGAGGAAGAACAGAGAUGGAAAUCUUUGGAGAAUUUCAGGCCCACAAAUCUUUUGUCUCUUCUCCUCUGUUUCUUUUAUUUUCUCAUAUUUAUUUACCUCGUAGUACAUUUUAUAGUACAUGAAACAACCUCAACUUGUCAAUCAAAAGGAAAAGGUAAAAUAUUUUACCGUAUGUUUAAAUUGAGGUUAAAAAGCAACUUUUAAAGUAAUUUAUGACAAUGUACAACUCAAAGUCACCAAGAAAAUUGAUGUUUUUAUCACAAAGAGACUUUUAUUUUCUCAGAAAAAAAAAUACUUUCAGCCUCAAAAACAAGCCAGAAGAUCUUUAAUUAUUUGAUGCACUUUUACUUUGUACAAAUUUAACUUGAAUGUGUAAAUAGAUUUAUAUACGUUUUUAUAUCCCUUCAAAUAUUAUUAUUCUCCACAUGGUUUGUGGCAUUACGUUUGAAAAAAAAAGAGAAAAGAAAUAAAGAAUAUGGACAUGUUAUUGUAGCAAAA